AUGCGAAACAAGGUCAAGGUCACGACUCUUGUCCGUCCCUCACGCUACUGCCCCUGGCCGAGGCACACCGCCCCUGCCUGGGAGGCACACCUGCCCCCUGCCAGGUACCGCCCCUGCCGAGACCGCCCCGCCAGCACCCCCUGCCCAACACCGCCCCGGCCGAGGCACCGCCCCUGCCCGAGGUACACCGCCCCUGCCCAGGACACCCCCCUGCCCGAGGUACACACCCCCCCCUGCCCGAGGUACACCGCCCCUGCCCGAGGUACACCGCCCCUGCCCGAGGUACACCGCCCCCUGCCCGAGCGGCCACCGCCCUGCCCGGGGGUACACCGCCUGCCUGAGUACACCGCCCCCUGCCCGAGGCACCCCCCUGCCCGAGGUACCCGCCCCUGGCCGAGGUACACCGCCCCCUGCCCGAGGUACACCGCCCCUGCCCGAGGACACCGCCCUGCCCGAGGUACACACCGCCCUGCCCGAGGUACACCGCCCCCCUGCCCGAGGUACACCGCCCCCUGCCCGAGGUACACCGCCCCCGCCCGAGGUACACCGUCCCCUCCCCGAGGUACACCGCCCUGCCCGGAGGUACACCGCCCCCGCCCGAGUGACACCGCCCCCGCCCGAGGUACACCGCCCCCGCCCGAGGCAACGCCCCUGCCCGAGGUACACACCGCCCCCUGCCCGAGGUACACCGCCCCCGCCCGAGGUACACCGCCCUGCCCGAGGUGCACACCGCCCCUGCCCGAGGUACACCGCCCCUGGCCGAGGUACACCGCCCCUGCCCGAGGUACACCGCCCCCGCGCCCGAGGUACACCGCCCCUGCCCGAGGUACACCGCCCCCUGCCCGAGGUACACCGCCCCCUGCCGAGGUAUACCACCGCCCCUGCCCGAGGUACACCGCCCCUGCCCGAGGUACACCGCCCCUGCCCGAGGUACACCGCCCCUGCCCGAGGUACACCGUCCCCUGCCCGAGGUACACCGCCCCUGCCCGAGGAACACCGCCCCCUGCCCGAGGUACACCGCCCCUGCCCGAGGUACACCGCCCCUGCCUGAGGUACACCGCCCCUGCCCGAGGUACACCGCCCCCUGCCCGAGGUACACCGCCCCCUGCCCGAGGCACACCGCCCCCGCCGAGGUACACCGCCCCGCCUGAGGUACACCGCCCCGCCCGAGGUACACCGCCCCCUGCGAGGUACACCGCCCCUGCCCGAGGUACACCGCCCCUGCCCAGGGUACACCGCCCCUGCCGAGGUACACCGCCCCUGGCCGAGGAUCACCGCCCCCGCCCGAGGUACACCGCCCUGCCCGAGGUACACCGCCCCCUGCCCGAGGUACACCGCCCCGCCCGAGGUACACCGCCCCCCUGCCCGAGGUACACCGCCCCCUGCCCGAGGUACACCGACCCCUGGUCUGAAGCACACCACCCCCUGCCCGAGGUUCCCGCCCCCGGCCGAGGCACCGCCCCGGCCGAGGUACACCGCCCCGGCCGAGGCACACCGCCCCUGCCCGGGGUACACCGCCCCUGGCCAGGGUACACCGCCCCCCGCCCGAGGUACACCGCCCCCUGCCCGAGGUACACCGCCCUGCCGCCGAGGCACCGCCCCCCUGCCCGAGGUACACCGCCCCUGCCCGAGGUACACCGCCCCUGCCCGAGGUACACCGUCCCCGCCCGAGGUACACCGCCCCUGCCCGAGGAACACCGCCCCUGCCCGAGGUACACCGCCCCCUGCCCGAGGAUACACCGCCCCCUGCCCGAGGUACACCGCCCUGCCCGAGGUACACCGCCCCUGCCCGAGGUACACCGCCCUGCCCGAGGUACACCGCCCCUGCCCGAGGCACGCCCCUGCCCGAGGUACGCCGCCCCUGCCCGAGGUUCCCCCCCCUGGCCGAGGCGCGCCCCCCUGGCCGAGGUACACCGCCCCCUGGCCGAGGUACACCGCCCCUGCCCGGGGAUACACCGCACCCUGGCCGAGGUACACCGCCCCUGCCGAGGCACCGCCCCCUGCCCGGGGGUCACCGCCCCUGCCGAGGUACACCGCACCUGCCCGAGGUACACCGCCCCUGGCCGAGGUACACCGCCCCUGGCUGAGGUACACCGCCCCCGGCCGAGGUACACCGCCCCGGCCGAGGCACACCGCCCCUGCCCGAGGUUCCCGCCCCCUGGCCGAGGCUGCCGCCCCGGCCGAGGUACACCGCCCCCGGCCGAGGUACACCGCCCCCUGCCCGGGUACACCGCACCCCUGGCCGAGGUGCACCGCCCCCGCCGAGGCACACCGCCCCUGCCCGGGGUACACCGCCCCCGGCCGAGGUGCACCGCCCGCCCGAGGUACACCGCCCCGCCGAGGUACACCGACCCUGGCAGGUACCGCCCCGCUGAGGUACACAGCACCCUGGUCGAGGUGACACCGCCCCGGCCGAGGUACACCGCCCCCUGCCCGGGGUACACCGCCUGGCCGAGAUACACCGCCAUUCCCCGAGGUACACCGCCCCUGCCGAGGUACACCGCCCCCUGGCCGAGGCGUACACCGCCCCGGCCGAGGCACCGCCCCUGCCGAGGUACAGCACCCCUGGUCGAGGUACACCACCCCUGCCGAGGUACACCCCCCCUGGCCGAGGUACACCGCCCCCUGGCCGAGGCACACAGCACCCUGGUCGAGGUACACCGCCCCCGGCCGAGGUACACCUGCCCCUACCCGAGGUACACCGCCCCCUGCCCAAGGUACACCGCCCCUGGCCGAGGUACAUCACCCCUGCCUGAGGUACACCCCCUGGCCGAGAUACACCACCGCCGAGGUUCACCGCCCAUGCCCGAGGUACACCGCCCAUUGCCCGAGGUACACCGCCCCCGCCGAGGCACGCCGCCCCCUCCCCAAGGUACGCCGCCCCCAGCGAGAUACACCGCCCCCGGCCGAGUUUCUCUAAGUACUUUGAUUUCAAACAAAUUGAAGAAUGCCAUUACCCCAGAAACUCGUCGUAUCAAGGAAAUGGUUCACCAACAUGAAGUCCAAGAAGCUUUGGACGCCUCGGAGGUAGCGAGAGUAGGCAGAAACCAUAGAGGUGGACGUACUAGACGCAUACUUAGGCAACAACUCGAUCCUGUCGAGGUUUUCACCGACGACGAGUUUUUGGAGAGGCAUCGGCUCUCCAAACAGUGUGUUGCAGCCUUGUUAGAAGAAAUAGGACAUCUUCUAGCUUGCAGAGACAGGAGAGGUCUCCGAAUAUCACCAAGACAGAAGAUAUUGGCUGCACUUCGUUACCUGGCAACAGGUGAUUUGCAGGCGACUGCAUGUGCUUGUCAGUCCAUCAAGAGAGUUACCCGCGCCAUCGCCACCAUUGUACCAUGA